AUGGAUACACUGCGCCACAACUGCAAGGAAUUUCGUUACAAAACGAGGUACUUUUAUAUUGCACCGGCAUAUAAACCAUCUCUAGUUGAAGCAAAAACUCAUUCUAACGACUCUCUCUCGAGGAUACAGUACAACAAUGGUAACCACGAACUGACCGCCGGCAAACGUUACAGUAUUCUUCUACCACCGCCGAACGUGACCGGUGAGCUACAUUUGGGACAUGCUCUUACCUGCGCCAUACAAGAUGCUCUGAUCCGCUACGCAAGAAACAAUGGCAAAACACCGCUAUGGAUACCCGGCAUGGAUCACGCCGGGAUCGCAACGCAGGUUGUGGUCGAAAAGCGUAUACGAAAAAACCUUAAUGUGUCCCGACACGAGCUAGGAAGGGAACGCUUUCUGGAAGAAGUUUUACGGUGGAAAAAAGAAAAAGAAUGCAGCAUUCGAAGUGCCCUCCACCAGCUGGGAUGUUCCAUGGACUGGCACAGGGAGUACUUUACCAUGGACGAACAGCAGUCGGUCGCGGUGAAGGAAGCUUUUGUGCGACUCUUCGAAAGUGGCUUGGUGUAUCGCGACAAAUCGUUGGUGAACUGGUCAUGUAGUCUAGAAUCGGCCAUUUCGGACGUUGAAGUCGAAAGCUUGCAACUCGACGGUCCCACUGCGCUGGCUGUGCCAGGAUACGACAAAAGUGUUACGUUUGGGCAACUGGUGGACAUAGCGUACCGGGUGCAAGGAUCUACCGAGGAAAUCGUUGUCUCUACUACACGCCCAGAGACUUUUCUCGGUGACGUCGCGGUCGCCGUACACCCGGAGGAUGGACGGUACUCGCAUUUGCGUAACAAAAGUACCUUCCUCUGGCAUCCGGUGCGCAAAGAGGAUAUUCCGCUCAUCUUUGACGAGUCGGUCGAUCGAGCUUUUGGAACAGGGGCAGUUAAGAUAACGCCUGCCCACGAUAGGUUCGACUUUGAAAUAGCUCGCAAGCACCAAUUAGCCACGGUCGAAGUCCUGACCGAACAGGGAAUCAUUCGGGAGCAUUUCGAGCCCUUCUCCGGUUUGCCCCGAUACGAAGCACGCGAACGGUUAAUGGAUUAUCUUUCGAAGCUUUCGCUGCUGCGGGGCAUAAGGCCGCACGCCAUGGUAUUGCCGGUUUGUUCACGAUCAAAAGACGUGGUUGAGUUGUUACUACGGCCUCAGUGGUUCGUGCGGUGUCGAGAAAUGGCACAACGGGCGGUGGCAGCCGUGCAGGAAGGAAAGCUUCAAAUCAUACCAAAGGUGUUCGAACGUGAAUGGUUCCGAUGGCUGGAGGAUUGUCACGAUUGGUGCAUUUCCCGGCAACUUUGGUGGGGACAUCGAAUUCCUGCGUUUCGCGUGCAACACGCAGGUCGAACGCACUGGAUUGCUGCUCGGUCGUUAGGUGAGGCACAAGAAAAAUACGUCCGGCAAAUGCAGCAUCAAGCAGAAAACGUGAGCAACGAACCGAUAUCAGUGGAACAAGACACCGACGUACUAGAUACGUGGUUUUCUUCCGCCCUACUACCGUUCUCUACGACUGGUUGGCCUCGCGCAAAGUCACCCAAUAAGGAAGAAUAUCCUCUGGAUCUGAUGGAGACUGGACACGAUAUUUUGUUUUUCUGGGUGGCGCGUAUGGUAAUGCUCGGCCAAGAACUGACAGGAGAACUGCCGUUUCGCAAGGUGCUGCUGCAUGGUAUCAUCUGCGACGAGCACGGACGGAAAAUGUCCAAGAGUCUCGGUAACGUCAUCAAACCGGAACACGUGAUACAUGGCAUAUCCCUGGAACGGUUGGAAGCGGAAACGGAUGCCUCCUUCAGGCAGGGCAUACUGUCGGAACCGGAACUGAAGAAAUCGCUUGCCGGACAGCGGAAGAUGUUCCCCAAUGGCAUUUCGGAGAGUGGCACCGAUGCGUUGCGCUUUACUUUGUGUUCAGUGAACGUGAAGAACCAUUUCAUACACUUCAACGCACAGGAAGCGCAUACCAAUAAGCUAUUUUUCAACAAAAUCUGGCAAGCGACACGUUACACGCUCGGUUGCCUAGAACGUUUUCCUUUGGCAACCAAACAAACCCUUCAAGAAGCUAACCGUUUGUCCAUGAUGGAUAGAUGGAUUUUAAGUCGUCUCGCAAGCACCAUACAAGUUUCCAAUGAAGCAUUCGAAGCAUACAAUUUUCAUCUAGCAACCGCGGCGCUGAAAACGUUUUUCUACACCAACCUCUGUGAUGUCUAUUUGGAAACGACUAAAAUCAACAUGAAAACCGAACACGCAGCUAAAGCCUCGGUGCAAUGCGCUGUGCUUCAUCAUUGCCUUACGACCGGGUUAUGCCACUUGGAACCGUUCGCUCCCUUCCUAGCAGCGGAGCUUCUCUCACAUCUGGCCGUGGAAACCAAGACAGAUGCAUCGUACCAACCAAAGAUCGAUUCUGAGCUUGAAACGAACGUGGAUCAGUUGUUACUCAUUUGCCAGCACAUACGACAAUCGAAAAACGAACACACCAUACCAAUCGUACGGAAACAUAAUCCGGUAGCUCAUAUCUACGUCAAACGGAGCGGUCUUUAUGAUUUAGUGCACUCGCAACGAACGAUAGUAAGUCAGCUAACGCAUUGCAACAAUGUUCUACUACACACCGAGCAGGCAUCGUUCGAUCGAUUGCGGUUAAACUUCGCGGUGCAAUCUUCCGUCAACCACGAGUGUACCGUUGGAGUGGUAGCCGAUGGACUGAGUGUUUCGUCGAAGGAUAACGGCGGAGCAGCAAUGGCGGCUCACACCAAGAAAGUACAGAAAUUGGAAGUUGAAAUCGAAAAACUGUGCAAAACCAUAAACAACGAAGGUUACCGGAAGUCGGCGAGCGAAGCGGUACAAAAAAGACACCAACAGCGGCUAAAAGAACUACAAAAACAGCAAGAAGAAAUGAUAAAAAUGGCCCCACAAAGAUAG